AUGCGAAUCCUCGCGCUGGCGAGCAUACUGCCCCGCGCUGAGAACAUAAAGAGCAGUGCUACACCCUCUUUUCACUUGUGCCUUUCAGGUGAACGACAGCCACUGACCGACAAGAACAAAACCGACCCGGGAAACUUGGGCAAAAGCCUCGAUCCUGUGUAUCAAUCCGGUCUCAAUAGCUCUCAGCUUGAAAAAGAAAUAGCUGAUGACAGAACCCUGAUCAACGAACGCUAUUUUGGUUUGGUUAACUUUGGAAAUACAUGUUAUUGCAAUUCGGUCCUUCAAGCACUUUUCUUUUGUAAACCAUUCCGAGAGAAGGUCCUUCAAUACAGACUUACGAAGAGCCAUAAGAAGGAAACCCUCUUGAGCUGCCUCGCUGAUCUGUUCCACGCUAUCACAACACAGAAGAAGAGCGUUGGCCAAAUCGCACCGAAAAAGUUCAUUAGCAGACUCAAGCGGGAAAAUGGAGCCUUUGAUAACUAUCUCCAACAGGAUGCUCAUGAAUUCCUCAUCUACAUCUUGAACGAGAUAUCUGACAUUUUACAAGCUGAACAACAAGCAGAUCAGCAGCUUCGAAAGGCCGAACGUUCAGAUAACGAUAAGAAUCCCGACAGUGUCUCCGCCGAUCGGUCACAAAACUGGAUCCAGGAUAUAUUCCAAGGUUGCCUAACAAACGAAACACGUUGCCUCACCUGCGAAAACGUACGAACAAAAGACGAAGACUUCCUCGAUCUGUCAGUCGAUAUCGCGCAGAAUUGCAGUAUCGUGUAUUGUCUGAAGUUCUUUUCGGAUACAGAGAUGAUGCAGUCUGAGAAUAAAUAUUACUGUGAAUUCUGUCGAUGUAAGCAGGAGGCGCAAAAAUGCAUGCGGGUCAAAAAACCUCCGUUGAUAUUGGCCCUCCAUUUGAAGAGAUUCAAAUACUCUGAAGAGGUCAAUAGCUUCACAAAACUCUCCUGUCGUGUGGUAUUUCCCACAGAACUACGGCUCCCAAAUACGUCCGGAGGGGCAGCCGACCAAAACUGGCUGUACAAACUGAUCGCCGUAGUUGUGCACUCAGGUUCUGGGCCAAAUCGUGGACAUUACGUCACCUUGGUGAAAUCACACGGCCUUUGGCUGCUCUUUGACGACGAAGUAGUCGACGCGAAAGUUGAAUUCGGCCUUCAGAAGGUCUACAGCACAGUACAACUGAGACGAGACAUACAGUUCGGAGAAAUAUCAUCCAGAAGUGCAUCCAUAGUUCGUCGCAAUUUACCAGUUUUCUUAGAGUUGCGGAGACUCGUCGGCAGAACCGGUCGGUGUUUAUCGGAACGCACAGCAUGGCACGUACUGCGUUGA